AGAGGCUGGUAGAGAGCGAGACAGAGAGAGAGAGAGAGAGAACGCUUUACCGCAGUAUCACUACAUUUCUGCAUCACUCAUCAAAACUCUGCGGCAUGCUAACUAGAUCUGGGGGAGGGCUGAUACCGGGUUUGUGCUGAGUGUAGUUUCAACACCACCGUCGUUUAGUAUAGAUUGACUGUAAUUAGAUACAGUAGCACGGAGCCGCCGGAUUGUUCAUUCUCUUCUUUCAAGCAGCUCGUCAUUUGUGCGCUCGCUAACGACUUUCUGCAGCCUAUCUGAGUAAAAUAUUUCACAUCUCACCAAAACGCCUAUUACAUUAGCUUAUAACGCCCGGUAACAGUCCGUGGAUUAAACAAAUUUAGCAAAAUGGCAAAGGAUGCUGAGAAGAGCACUUGGAAGGACUUCAUAUGGAACUCCAGGACCCGAGAAUUUUGUGGCAGGACAGGGAGCAGCUGGGGCCUCAUCCUGCUCUUCUACCUAGUGUUCUACAUCUUCCUAGCAGGCAUGUUCUGCCUCACCAUGUAUGUCAUGCUGCAGACCUUGGAUGACUACAAACCCACCUGGCAGGACAGGCUUGGCACACCAGGCAUGAUGAUCAGACCCAGGGGAAAGGCAAUGGAGAUCUCCUACAACACCACCAACACUGAGACCUGGGACAUGUACAUCAAGACACUGGACAACUUCCUCUCCCCCUACAACAACUCUCUGCAGGCUGAGAAGAAUGAAGAGUGCACACCGGACCAGUACUUUGUUCAGGCAGACAGUGGUGAUGUGAAGAACAACCCCAAGCGCUCCUGCCAGUUCAACCGCACCUUUCUAGAAAAAUGCUCGGGCCUUGAUGACCAUACCUAUGGAUACCAGGCUGGCAAACCAUGCAUCAUCAUCAAACUGAACCGGGUCAUUGGGAUGUUGCCAGGAAAGGAUGGCCAGGCUCCAUUUGUCACCUGUGGAGCGAAGAGGUACAAGGUUGGCAAAGAUGAAUGGAAAGAAGACUCUGAUAAGAUUGGAGAGGUGGAGUACUACCCUGAAAAUGGCACCUUCAACCUCAUGUACUACCCUUACUAUGGCAAGAAAGCUCAGGUGAACUACUCCCAGCCGCUGGUUGCCAUCAAGUUCCUCAACAUAACCCUCAAUGAAGACAUCAACAUCGAGUGCAGGAUCAUCUCCAACAACAUUCCUCCUGGGAGUGUAAGAGACAAGUUUGCGGGGAAAGUGUCUUUCAAACUGAGGAUCAACACUAAAGGCUAGAUGUACAUUCUCUCUCACUAACAUGUCCACCCACCUCUACAUUCUGUACACAGGUACACACAGACACACACACACACACACACACACACACACACAUACAGAGACAGAUAACAGAAUUAACACCCUCCGUUUGUCGAAUAGAAUAUGUUUACAACUUCAAUUUACCCUCGAUGUCGGGCAUUGUAUGUCCAGUGGAGUGAUGAUGUCAGAAUGGUGGAGUUAAACGGGUGGUAAUUCUGCCUCUGUUUCUGUGUGUGAGCUUCGAUUCUUUUCUGUAAAUUAGUUUGAGGUGAAGUCUAUUUAUACUGCAUGACUAACUAGGGGAUAUAGUGGACAUAAACAUGAAUGAUUUCAAAGUUUGCAAGGAGAAGCAACGCCUCUUACCAGUUUACUGUUGCUCCUUCAUCUCUGCCUCCCUAUAGAGUGCCCCUCUAUAUACAAAUAUACACAAAAUACAAUACAACCGUGUAUAUCUAUUUAUAUAUCAUAACCUUAUAUCAGUAUGUCUAUUUUGUUGCGCUUGAAAAUAAUCCAACAGCUAAAACAUAUGAUGAAAAAACAUAUUUUUGUGGAUGAAGGGAGAGAUUGGAGACAUUUUGCAUGUGUGUACUGUCUUUAGUGCCCUAAGAAGGCGGGAAGCCCCAUGUCUCAGCUCUCUGCUCUGCUAUGUGGGAUUUAUAAACGAGGCUAUGUUAAACUGCUGGCCACCAGGAGGGACCACACUGCACUCUGCAGUGAUCAUCCAAUUUAACCCAUAAGAAGAUAGCAUCUCCAACAUGGGGAGCUACAGAGGUCAAGACCUUUGAGUCUGUGUGUACGUGUGUAUGUUUGUAUGUGUGUGAGUAUGCACUGUACAUUUAAUUUGUAUGACCAAAUUCCAUUUGCAAGACAGAAUGCAUACUGUAGGUCGGGAAGAUGCAUAUGCAAUGUGCAAUAUUAAUUAAGAAUGACACAUCAUGCACAUUGUACACAUUAAACAGGACUCUUUUGUCAUUAACACUUGAAUUGCACAUGGUCAUAAAUCGGAUUAGGCUUCCAUAACAUGAAUAUACACUUCAUUGUCCUUCCAUGGUUUAUGUUCACAUCGGUGUUCCUACAGCUCAAGGCUUAGGGCUAGUUUGUUUGUUCAUAGUUGUUUGCAUGUGCAUCGCAUCUAUUGACAUGCCUCCUAUACAUAUAAGAAAGAGAUGCUGUUCUUCUAUUUUGUAUUGAUUUGCACUGGUUUGUGUUUUUCUUGUGAAGACGAGAUGCUUGUGGUUCUGUGGAGAAGGAAAAAUAGAGAGUUUGUUUUGUUUCUACGUUUGUUGAAAUUUAUAUUCAAACAUGUGGUACCAUUUGAAUCAGUUGUACAUGACUUGUUACUGCUGUAAUAGUGCAUCUCAGUUUGAAGGCUGUCUCCAACAUCUGAUUACAUCGGCCAGAAUGUCUGUAAGGCUGGUUUGGUGAUAACGGUAAUCUGUUUGAUUUAUUUUUAUUUUGGUAGGAAUCUCUACCAUUACAUUGCUUUAAAAAGGGUGCAACAGACCAAGCAACCUUGUAGUUGGAGGGUGUACUAUAACUGAAAGCACCUACAGUUGAGCAUGUGCAAGAGCGUUUAUGAACUUGCUCUAGAAUGAUGGUCAAUGUGCUGGCGCACAGAUGCCCUGGAUGUGCUGCUGCACUUGGGGCUGGAUUCAAUCCGUAACGCUAAACUUCGGCAUACAGAUUGAAUCCAGCCCUUGAUUCUGUACACAUAAUGAGAAAAACCAGUUGAGGAAUCUAUGGAUCUGAGCGAGUGCUGCUGAACACUGGCUGUGACAUUGUGGCAAUGUGACUCUGAUCCUUCUUCAACGUCAUAGCGACACUUUUAGAACCUUAGCAUCUGUUCACUCAGCUUAAGGGUUGGGUUGACUUUUAGGACCUUUCUUCGCUCAGUCAGUAUAAGGUGUAUAUCAAUCAAUUUUCCUUCAUUUUGGUUGAAGUUGCACCUCAGUAAUAUCAUCAUCAUGAAGACUUGACAGUAUAACAAUAAUCAGUAUAUAAAUUAUCUGUUUAGUUUGAUAGCUGUAUAAUACACGUUGAGGAUUGACUGAACAAAGUCAAUUGACUCCAUGCUAUACAUCCAUGUUGCGUUUGGCCUACCAGUAGUCCUUGUUUUUGACAUUGUGAGACAAUGGAGUGAACAGUGCUACUUCCUCGUUAGCAUUCCUGCUCCACUCAGUCUGUUUCGCAUGCUGAGAUUUCACUGUAAUCUCUUAAUCUGGUCAGAUAAUCUAGAGCAGGUACUUUAUCCUCUCUUUGUAGUUCCUCCUUCCUAUGUCAACCCCUCUCCUUCUCUCUUUUGUCCACACACACACACACACACACACACACAGAGAGAAUCAUCCACCCUUUCUGUUAAAAGAUGUCAGGUGAGGAAUGACUGCGGUAUAUGCUUGGUUCCACAGUUCCUUUAAGGUCUAUAUUAUUAUUAUCAUGGUUUUAUCCAUGUGACCCAUGUAUUGCCAUGUUGUAUCACAAGAUGUUUUGUCCCAUGAGCCCAUUCCAUUCACAAUUCAAUCUACAAGUACAUGUGUAUACAUGGUGUGUAUCCAUGGUGUGUGUAGCCACACAAAUACAUAUAUGUGGAUAUAUUCCAAUUGUAAAAUGAAUGCUUUCCUUUUCUGCCUACAAAAAAGUAGUCCUGCCACAUUCCCUCCAACCAAAGAUAUUCAUGAUCAUUUUAACAGUAUGAAAUAAUCGUGCUGCAACUACAGACCACAGAUCUCUAAGAGAAAGGGUUUAAUUUAUGAAGGAUGAAGGAAGUCCUAUUCUUAUAUAAUGCUACGCACAGAAGGAGCAGGUGUCACUAAAUAACAACAGUGCCUCCUGGUGGGUGGACAGAUGUGUUGUUCCCCAAUAUCGCCGAAUGUUAUUUAAUGUUAUCUCCAUAUAUCUGUUUUUCUAUGAUAAUUUGGAGAUGUCUUCAAAAAGCAAUAUAUUCAUUUCCUGUGUUGCUGAUGAUGGUUUCUUUCUUGGAAUGGCUGUAACAAGUUUAUAGUAGCAUUAAUCAUCAUGAGAGUGAGGAAGAAGACAGAAAGAACAUGUAAAUAUUAUGUUCACAAAUGGAUAUACAGUUAUAUGUCUGCCAAUGCACAUCUUCAAGAUUGAACAAUAGAAACACUUAACAGUUUUGUUUUCAAAAGAGAUACAGUAUUUUUAUUGUUAUUUUGUUGUAAAGAGGAGAUUAUGUAUUAGCUUUGGAUUGUAAGAAGACAGGGGUGCUACCUGGUAGGUGUUUGACCUGUAACCUCUUGACUCUGGUUGAACACAUACCAAGUAUGGUUGAAUGUAGAACACGUUUCUUCUUUGGUUACCAUCUUUCUCUAUUUUGUUUUCAACCUUGCAGUAUUGAAUGUUUGCAAUGAUGAGCGCUCCACUCUUUCUCAGUCAUUGUCUACUGGAUACUCUUUCAGAUGAACAGUGCAUGUCUUUAUAUGGGCCACAGUAUGAUGAGAUGAAGGAGGGUGUCAUCUUGGUUUGAUCAGUUACACUGAUUCAACAGAAAGCUGCAUAUUUACAGUAACUGCAAUGGAUUUAUCCUCAAACAGCACAAUACUCGCCUGUGACCACUGCAUGUGGCAAACUAUUGUGAACUACCUAUUUGUUUCAAACUCACUUCUGAAGCAGCAAGACACAGCUUUUCACAAACGUCCACCCUGAAAAGAAUAGCAAACGUAUCCCUGAUUUAAGACUAUCUUGAAUCAGACAGAUAAUUCAAAAUGAUCUAAGGCAGAAAUCCUUUGAAACACAUUUGGAUAGUCUCACCAAAAAAUGAAAAUGGCUGAAAAUUCUAUUUUCUUUGGAUCUUUUUUUGCUGUUAUUGUAUUUAUAUAUAUUUUUUGCUCAUGUUCGUUGUAAAAAAUGAUAGAGAAAUCAAUAAACGUGAUUGAAAGAAACACAA